AUGAAUAGUAUUCGAUACCUGCUGUUCGGCUAUGUCACUGAUACGCUCAAUCGUGUUGUUAUUGUUAUUAUCAGAGAAAUUAGGUUCAUCUCCAGCUUCCGCAUCUUCACCAAAAGAAUCAUUCAGCGAGUCGUUCAAGUGACCAUAUUGAACGCCAUCCUUGAGUCUCAGCCCUACAGCGUAAGCGUCGUCAAUGAACACGCUUUGUACAACGACCGAUGCGCCGUGAUAUUUUGUUUGCAUGGCUCCGAUUUCGAUUUCCUGCGCAUCUGACCUCAAAACGGGAUCAUCGGGAGCACGGUAGAAACCAGGUGCCUGAUAGCCCUUCGGUGUUCGAUCUGUAUAGGUGAUUCUUAAUGUUGCUGAGGCCUCAGGUGGCAAUGCUCCUAGUGUUCCUUUGCACAAUGUUCUGAUCGUUUGCAGUAGUUCAGCUACCUGCUUCUUCAAGCAGUGCAUUCCUUUGAAACGGAGCGCAGCCAUUACUGUGCCAUCGGCUUGUCUCAAUUCCGCUAGUGGAUCACCAUCAGCAUCGUAUCGUAAUCUCCAGCAGUGAAUUUCUAUGGCAUCAGUUUCAUCGUCCUCUCUGGGGGAUAUUACAAGCAUCAGCUCUCGAAGAUAGUUCUUAUCAACAGCCUCCGAGACACCUUUGAAUUUCUGAACGAAGCGCGCCCCCAAGACCUCGUGCGAAUUCAUGACGUAAGCACGAAGGUCACCAUCGAUUUGCCUCUUCUUAAAAUUAUUACUCGGAAGAAGUCCUCGGCUAGCGAUUAUGUGGCAGAAUGCAACAUACAUGCAUCUCGAAAUGAACUUCUUUGA